AUGCGAAUUAAUAUGAAUGUUUCAAAUGUUGUACCUGUUGCAAAUAUUGCAACUGAUGCUGGACCAAAGAUGGAAAUCGGUGCAUCUGCGCAGGAAGUCGAUUGCAGGAGAGUCGUCGUCCCCACCAUUACCUUAGAGGAAUAUCAAGACUUCGAGGAAUCAGACUAUGAGGAAUCAGACGUCGAGGAAUCAGAGUCUGAAGAAUCAGACGUUGAGGAAUUAGAAUUCGAGGAAUCAGAUACUGAGGAAUCAGAUUUUGUGGACUCAGACGUUGAAGAAUCUGAUUUAUUGUUUGCAGAAGAAGACUUGCAGGAGGAGAGCGCCCUUUUGCGUAAGAAAUUAAGAGAGCCCGUCAACAUAAUUGACGACGUAGACACACUCGUGAAAGAAAAGGAAGAUGAAAAGGAGGUAACAAACGUCUGCGACAAUAAGAUGGAGGACAUGGCUCGUCAGAUCCAAGAUCUAUUGGCCAAUGAGAAGAAAAUGAAAAAAUAUCACGAGGUCUUGGAAGAAAAAUUAAAAGACACCUUUUAUUUAGUGGUGGAAAUAGAAAGGCGUUUGGAAUUGAAAGAAGCUGAAAAGGUAGAUGUAAUAAGGCUCUAUGACUAUCAGAUGGAGGGAAAGGAUCAUCAGAUCCACGAUUUGAUGGCUAAGGAGGAGACACUCAAAAACGACCACCGGAUUUUGGAGGAAAAAUUAGAAGACGCUCUUAGUAAGAUGGAGGAUAUGGAAAAGUUAUUGAAAGAAAAAGAAGAUGAAAAGAUAGAUUUAAUAAAUCUCCAUGUGGAGCAGGUCCAAAAUUUGUUGGCUAACGAGGAGGCCCUACGAAAGGAUAAUGAGCUCUUGAAAGAUAAGCUAAGAGAGGCCCUCGGUAACAUGGAGAAUUUGAUUGCAGAAGAAAAUAAAAUGAAGGAAGCUGAUGAGGUUUUGGAAGGAAAGUUACAGGAGGCCCUUUGUAACAUAGAGGUUAUGGAAACCGUUUUGAAGGAGAAGGAGCGAGAAAACACCGAGCUGACAAUUCAUUGUCAAACUCGGAUUGAGAAUAUGGAUCACCAAAUGCAAGAUUUGUUAGCUAAAGAAGAGGAACUUAAAAGGGAUAAAGAGCUCUUGGAGGAGGAAUUAGAGGAGGCCCAUAAUAGCAUACGAGAUAUAGAAAGGCUCUUGGAGAUAGAAGGAAAGGAAAAAAGAGAGCUGACAAAUCUUUAUAACAAAAUGGUCGAGAACAACGACCAUCAGAUAAGAGAUAUGUUGGCUAACGAAGAUAAACUGAAGACAGACAAAACACUCUUGGAAGAAAAACUAGAAGAGUCGGCUAAUCGUAUGCAGGAUUUGGAAAGCCUCUUAAAGGAAAAAGAGGAGGAAAAAACAGAGAUGACAAGUCUCUAUGACAAAAUGAUUGCGACCAGAGACCAGCAGAUCAAAGAUUUGUUAGCUAACCAAGAUAAACUGAAGGAGGAACAAGAGAUAUUACAAGAAAAAUUAGGCAAAGCCCUCUCUAGUGUCAAAGAAGAACAAGAUUUCAAAAUCGAAAUUAAAAAGCGAUGGCUACUGGAGAUAAGUGAGAAAAAUAGAGAGCUCGAUAUGUUGAGGAAGUUAUGUGAGGAUUAUGAUGAGAGCCAGAGACAUCUAGAGAAAAAAUUGGGAGAAAAUUUAAACGAAGUGCAGAAAUUAUGGCUCUCACUGAAAAAAGCAGAAGACUCACUUACGGAGACAUGUAGUUUGGUGAAGGAGAAAGAAGAAGCUCUUGUUAAAGUGAGAACUCGGUGCGAGGAACAGGGCAUGGAGCUUGAGAGGCUUCGACAACAGGGAAUACAUUUACAAGGAAAACUUCAGAAGAAGGAGGUAGAUUAUGAAAGUUUAUCAUCCCAAAGAAAUGAGCUGGAAACUCUCUUACAUACAGAAAAAGAGCUGUUGAGAGACAAGGAGAGGGAAAUAACUGACUUGAAAAUAAGAUAUCAGCAGAUAUUAGUAGAGAAGGAGCAACAAGAAAAAAGCUUGCUAGAACAGAAUGACUGCUUGCAAAAAGAGGUAGCGAGCUUGCAAGUUGGCCAGGUAGUUGCUAUGAGCAACGAGGAGAAAUUGAAAAGCGAGUUGAAAUUCGCAGAGGAAAGAGUCCUAAAUUUCAUGAUGGCUGAGAAACAGAACCUGCAUACAAUUGAAAAGCUUACAAAAGAAUGUGAACUGUUAAAGGAGAAAUGUAGGACACUAGAGGGAAGUAUGGCAAAGGCAGAAAAAUGUGCCAGAGAACAGCAAAGGAUGCAGGAAGAAGCAUUAAGAAUGCAAGAUAAAUACAUGUUGAUGGGCCUUCUCCACAGGAUUGCUCAAAGGGAUUUUGAGUUAGAACGCAUUGCAAGGGAGGAGCAUGAGAUCACAGAGGCUGAAGGAGAGAAACCAGGAACUGAAAGUGAAGAUCUUGGGCAUGAAGAUAAUCAGGAGUUCAGCAAUGCCCAGGAUGACAAUAGAGGAUACUUAAGGAGGCAAUGGUUGGAUGUAACCAACAUCGUAGAAGACAUUCUGUAUAGGGAUGAAAGGCCUCCAGAGGAAGAAAGAGAUGUAGAGCCGAACCAUUAG